CUCCGGCUCGCGGUGAGGGGCCCGGGGCGGCUGGCUGGGCUUCGGGGAUGAAGGUUUGGCCGCUUCCAGGGCUGGGUGGACGCGUGGAGGUGGGGGUGAGGCUCCGGACCCGGCCAGGCUCCGAGUGCGAGGUCCCGGGCUGGGGAGCGGAGCGGGAGGUCCCCCAUUCGGUUUGAGGUCGCACUCAGAAAACCCAAACAAUAGUGAGGACCCCGCCUCUGUGCUUCACCUUCUCCCCGGGAGAGUAGAGGGUUCGCCCCAGGAUUCGCCGCCUUUCCUUUCCCACCGCCCUCCGGAGCCCGGGAGGCAGGGCCCGAGCUAAGAGAGCAGCGGCAGGAGGUGCAGCAGGAUGAACGUGGGCACGGCGCACAGCGAGGUGAACCCCAACACCCGGGUGAUGAACAGCCGCGGCAUCUGGCUCUCCUACGUGCUGGCCAUCGGGCUCCUCCACGUCGUGCUGCUCAGCAUCCCCUUCGUGAGCGUCCCUGUCGUCUGGACCCUCACCAACCUCAUCCACAACAUGGGCAUGUACAUCUUCCUGCACACGGUGAAGGGGACACCCUUCGAGACCCCGGACCAGGGCAAGGCAAGGCUGCUGACCCACUGGGAGCAGAUGGACUACGGGGUUCAAUUCACAGCGUCGCGGAAGUUCCUGACCAUCACCCCCAUUGUGCUUUACUUUCUCACCAGCUUCUACACCAAGUACGACCAGAUCCAUUUCGUCGUCAACACUGUGUCUUUGAUGAGCGUGCUCAUCCCCAAGCUGCCCCAGCUCCACGGAGUCCGGAUUUUUGGAAUCAAUAAGUACUGAGGAGAGAGCCUCUUUCCCUGACCAGAUGGCGGGAGAGCGGUGGAAGCUGUGCUGUGUUGCUGAAGACAGGAGUCUCCGGAGACUGCCAGAGCUGGGGGCUGAGCCUCCGGGCCGUUCCCCCUCACUUCCCCCGGUAGCCGACUUGAAGUAGCUUGUAGCCGGGUUGGGGUGGGACCUCCCCCCCACCCCUCAUCCCCCGGACUCUGACCGUCUGAUUUUUUGAGAAUCUUUUUCUUUUGCCUUUUGGAUAGAGACUCUGAGGGGGUGGUCAUGGCAUGAGCUGGGCUCCAGGCUGAACACAGACCUGUGAGCCUGGGACAAGAGGCCAGGGAAACCCCCUGCUCACUUGCUCAUUCUCAGACCGCUGAAGCACUUUAACCCCCGUGAGGGUACGGUACAGCCUCUAGAUUGUUCCACUUUAGUUCUCACGUCGUUAGGAUGACUCGCAGUGUGUGCUUGUAUUUAUGAAAGCCAGUGGGCGAUGGCGCCUCAUCCCUCUGGUGAGAACGUCUAAUCGAAGCCUCAUGCUUCUGUCAACUCCCCUACAGCCCCCCCGGGGAGAGGGUGGGAGUGGGGAGGUAAGGAGAGGGAUGGAGGGGCUGGGCAUGGACGGCCUGGUGAGUUGAGAUUCAGACAAAGGGGGUCACAUAGCAGCAGAGAUUGGUGGGAGGGAGGGAAGGGGGGAACAGAAGCUAGACGUCAUUCUUUGGAAAGUGGUCAGAGGGGCCCCUGCACGCUCGGAGAGUUAGUGUCCCCAUGGCGUGAGGGUGGAGAGACGAAGGGAGGCUGCGGUGGGUUUGGAGCUCCGGGGCCGGUGUGAUGGGGUGGAGAUGGUGUAAGAGGCUAUUACAUCGUUAAAGCACAGGCCCAGGUGGACACUGCUGGCGCAAUAUUGUGAAGGGGCGGGGACACGGACAGAAAUGACGAACGGUGCGGCCCUUCACCUCACAGCCUCUCUGUGUAGGCGGGCACUGGGCAGGGCCUCUCGUGUGACAUGUGGGGCUAUUGAGGCCACCCCAGGCGGGUCAGUGGGCUCAGAGUCCUGCCUGGGCCCUGCUGGUGCAGGGAAGGAGUGAGGAGGGGCAAGCGCUGUCUCCUCACUCCGAGGGCAGAGAGGUGGGCAGGAGCUGCCUUCUCCUUCCCCAGUCUCACUGGGGUCUGUGUUGCUUUGAAAAGGUCUGGGUUCCCCCUCCCAGGGCCCUGAGGAACGAGGGCAGGUCAUUGGCUGUUUUCUGCCUCUUGGGCCCCCAGCCCCCACCCCAUGUAUCAUAGGGAACUUUCACCUCAAAAUCUUUCUAAGCAAAGUGUGAAUAGGAUUUUUACUCCCUUUGUACAGUAUUCUGAGAAAUGCAAAUAAAGGACUACGUGUUCCUGA